GUCAAAACCAGAGAACACGGGAGUUUUAUUGAUGUUUACUGAUAAUCAGUAGGCUUUUAUGUAGUAUGUGAGGAUCACAAGAAGAAGGAGGGAAAUCAAAACAAGUGAUUUCAAAUUGGCGUAUUUUCAUGGUUGUCUUCUGGUUGCGGUUAUACUGUCGGGAUGAGGAUCCGGCUCCAGGGCACCAGCCACGGGGCGAAUCUCCUCGCCGAGCUGAACCGCUGCCGGCUGUCCAACUCCCUGUGCGAUGUGAUGCUGCGGGUGGGUGGGCGCUCCUUCCCGGCCCACCGCGUGGUGCUGGCCUCCGCGGCCUCCUACUUCCGGAGCCUGUUCUCCACGGGCACCCGGCUGGCCAGCACGGUCACUCUGGACUUUGUGGCCCCGGCCAACUUUGAGAAAGUGCUGACCUUCAUCUACACGGCAGAGAUUUUCACAGAUCUGAUCAAUGUGGGUGUGCUGUACGAAUUGGCCGAGCGGCUGGGGGUGAGGGAACUGGUGCGCGCCUGCCACGCCACUUUCCCCGACCUACGGGGGUCCGGUCCCGGCGAGCAAGAGGCUGACGGGGACCCCGAACUGGGCCUUACCCCUACGCCCGCGGGCCCCGCUUCUGUCUGCUCGUCCUCAGCGGCCUCGUCGUCCUCCUCUUCCUCUUCCUCGGGUUACUCCACCGCCGCGCCCACUCCAGCUGCCCCUCUCCCCACGCUCCCUAAGGAUAGGAGCCAUUUCCACGUGCCAUCCCCCUACCUGUCCCCCUCCCCCUCCGCGCCUCCGCUGUCCCAGCCCCCCAAGGCGGAGGACGCAGGCUCGCUCUCCGAGUACGGCCGGGCGGCCGAUGGGAAACGCCCGGAGCAGAGCCCGUUGGACUGCGGCCCCCCAAGGGCUGGGGACGUUCUCCUGAACCCCCCUCUGCAGCUGAAGACUGAGGAGAUAGAGGAAGAAGGGGACUCGGCUGAGAGGGAGAAGGACCCGGAGGAGCCUGGGCCCACCCGGCAGUGUGCUGUCGAUGCCUACUCUUACCCGGACUCUUCGGCCCAACUGGGAGGGGAGCUGUGCGCCCCUUCCUCCUCAUCCGGGGACCCCCUGGAAGGCCUGCAGAUUGGACCAGGGGAAGAGAGGUUGGGCAUAGAGGAGGGGGACGUGCUGUUCGAGGAGGACGAAGAGGUCAUAGGAGAAGAGAGGCCCGCACUGGUGGGUGGAACAGGGGUUGACGACGGCAGCGCGAUGGCGAUUGAGGAGAUCAUCGAGCUGAGCGACGAGGAGGCGAACUACAUUGGGGAGGAGGAGGAGGAGGAGGAAGACCUGGUGUGCCUGGAGGGUGGGAGCCAGAGCUGGGCGACGUGCAGGGCCUGCGGGGAGACUCUGCCGGCCGACGCGGCUGCUGUCCGAGCGCACGCCGAGACGCACCUGUCCGAGACCGGGGCCUGCCGCGUGUGCAGCGCCAACUUCUCCGACCGCGCUGCCCGCGUCACGCACGCCCUCACGCACGUGGGCAUCCUCCUCUUCUCCUGCGACAUGUGCCGCUUGCAGUUCUGCAGCCAGGCGCGGCUGAACCGUCACCGCCGGCAGGCCAUCACUGGGGCUCAGCAGCCACAGCCCGGUCAGCUCAACAGCACCUCCUGGGGGCCCGGAGGAGAACUGCGCUGUGCUGUUUGUGGAAAACUGCUCACCAAGGACUUCCAGGCUGUGAGGGAUCACCUCCUGGCUCACGUGUGUGUGCAGUCGCUGCGGUGUGGGGUUUGUCAGCACCCCCAGCCCUCGCUCUGCGCCCUGCUCUGGCACGCCCUCACGCACCUCUCCUUGCCCAUCUACUCCUGCCCCCGCUGUGCCUGCAGCUUCCUGGAGCGCCCCCUGAUGGAGAGGCACCUGGCGCUGCACGCCGGGGAGGACGGGCCGAGGCCGGGGAGCGAGCCAGGCUCCCAGGGCGACGGGGCGGAGGAGCUGCGCUGCUUCCUGUGCCCGCAGGUCUUCCACUCGGCCUCCGCCUUCCAGUACCACCUGAGCCAGCACGCCGGCAACCUGCAGGGCCGCCCCGGGAACGGCAAGCGCAAGGCCGACCACGCCCUGGAGUACUCCUCCCCCUCGCCCGGGGAGGCCGGCGGCCCUGGCAGGAUGGGUCACCUGGGGGCCGGGGCGGACGGGCUGCUGGGCCAGGGUCUCCGUGGCGACGGGGUCUCCGCGGCGGGCCAGAAGGCUAAAUGGUACCGGUGCCGGUACUGCGGGAAGCCGUUCGCCCACUCGGGCGAGUUCACCUACCACCUGCGCAUCCACACGGGGGAGAAGCCCUACCAGUGCAAGGUGUGCCUGCGCUUCUUCCGCGGCCGCUCCACCAUGAUCUGCCACCUGAAGACCCACUCCGGCGCCCUCAUGUACCGCUGCACCGUCUGCGGCCUCUACUUCUCCACCCUCAAGCUGGUCUCCUCCCACAUGGAGCUGCACAAGGACUGCCUGCCGCCCGACUUCAACAUCGAGCAGACCUUCAUGUACAAUGACCACUCGAAAGAACCCAUCCCCAACCUGGACAGCUGAUUGGCUCACGGGGGAACCACAGGCCCCUGUAGCCCCUAUUCAUCCUGUCUUGUCCGUUAAUAAGAUUUUGAAGUUGAUGCCAAGGUGUUCAUCCUCAACGCAAAAUGUGUGGGAGAGCAAAACAAAAGCAAGGUUUGGUCUGACUGAUAGGUGAUGGUGCGAGGUCUCUUGCAGUUGCUCGUUAAUCCUGUAAAAAAUCUCUAUUUUUGCAUUGGGAAAACGUGUUUACCAUACCAAGAUGUUUCAGUUACACAGGAGUACAACAUAGAGCCUGGAUCACUGUAGUACCUGCACAAAAGAGAUGGUGGGGAAAUGUUUGAUCAAGUAGUCUGCUUCCAGGUACAGAUUAUAAGGUUGAGCCUUUCCUGCUUAGUAGCAUGGGGCCAGAACCUGAAUGGAAAAUUAACCUUAAGAAGUGUUUUCCGCAUCACUAAUUCCAGUAUAGUGCAUAAACAGUGAAGUUGUUGUACCCUGUCGGGGUAAAACGUAUGCUGUCUGUGUGUGCAUUCGUCGUGUUCUGAGUAGUAAGUGAUGGUUAUAGCGAUUUUAUGAAGAGUACCAUUUUAUUUUUUACACUUAAAAAAGAUUAACACUAUCCAUUUCUGCCACUGGGUGGCAGCAUAGUGAGUGGUUUGUCAUUUUAGAAAAAAACUGAUACAGGAAGUUGAGACAAUGCCCCUUCUCUUUAGUCAUGUUUUAGAGAUGCUGAAAAGGUUUGGUUUGAUCUUACUAUUAAAAAUGACAUUAUCUGCUGGUCAAAGAAGAUCAACAGGCUGGGAGGCAUUAGGAGGCAGCUAAGGUGCAUUCAGUAGCAGCAACAUCCCAAAGUGCUGUGAACAUUUUAUUCUGUUUGAAUGAGAAGUUUUAUCAUGGCUGGAUCAGUUCUCAUUCAGUUUAUUCUCUUUGGUUUGGUCCCUCUAGUGGAUAUGCAUAUGAAGUUUGAUAAAACUGUGUAUUCAACUGGUCAAUUAAGUGCUGAUUUUCAACAAAAACUAGCAUACCCUGAACCAGACCCCGAGACCUACAGUUUGAACUGCCUUAUGAGUUCAUGACCCAAUCCACAUGCAAGAUCGCAUGGGUCUUCCUUUGAGGAAAGAUCCAUAGUCUUUCAAAAUGAUGAGAAGUACAAUGCCGAUAUAAUGGUUGUGUUACCAAUAUGUAUGGACAUUAGAAGACUAUCAAAGAUGCUAUUCUUCAGUCACUGUCAUCAUACUGUAUGUCAGUUUUCACUAAGGAAUGUAAGAUGGAAUGUCUUGACAGAGUAUGUCAUCAGGCCCUGCUUAUACCUCAGGUCAGGCUGCAGAUUCUUAAAAAUCACUCAACCGGCUCUAUUCUUUGGUGCCACUACAGCCAUUCAUUCAGUGAUUACUAUGCAUCAGAAUACACUAAAACACAACCUCUUCAUUCCAUAUUUCUGAGCUACACUACUCCCACACAGACUGCAUUUAAAAUAAAACGGUUAUUGCGUUUAUCGGUAGCUUUAUUUCAGUUUGAAUGUUCUAGAAAUUCAAGUAGCACAAUUACUUGUAUGCAAAUGUCAGUCAUGGCAGUGGUAUCGACUUGAGUCUUCAUCAUUUCUCGUAGUCAGCAAUGACUGUAUUUAAUGUUUGUGUGUGAGAAUGUUUGAUUAAUGCAACCAAGGUGCAGGGUACGUAACAUUUUCUGCAAACCACAAGUUUUACUUUGCCUUAAUGUGCAUAUAACCCAGUUGUUUCACAUGUCCCCCAAACUGUUGACUUGGUGAUAAAUGUCUUGUUUUUUUCUUUAGUUUAUUUAACUCAUUUUUAUAUGCAACACACUAAUUUUUAUUUAGAAAGACACACUAUUUGGAACCAUCAUUCUAAAAUUGUGUAAAUUCACAAUUAUGGAACUAUAGCCACUGCUUGUGUGUUACAAAAAACCCCAAAGUUCAUAUCUCACCUACUUUUGAGAGAUCUUUUUAAAGACAAAAUUAGUGCAUUGAAUGAUCAUUUAUAUAUAAAGAAGUGAUAAAAGUCUUUUAAGGCAUGCAUGCUUCUGUGUACUUUGUUAUAUAAGAAAUGGAUGGUGCUGUAUUAAUAUUCUGGUCCAUUAAUGAAGAUUGAUCUAAACAUUUUUGAGAAAAAAAGAUCCUUUUUUUCCCCCAAAUGUAAAAGUGUCUGUACUGGUACAGAAGCAAUGCUUUGGCCUUAUUAAUUUCUCCUGAGCCUAUUUAUAGAAGUGUCUUCACAGAAUUGUAGUUUUAUUUUGUAUUGUUUUAAAAGCUAGUUUUAUUUGUAUUGUUUUUAAUAAGUGUGAGAUACUGUCAUUACAAACCAUGACAAUUUUAUUACACUGUC